GUGCGCGUCUCUUGUGCGCAUCGGUGAAACGUUCGCUCGGUAUGUCAGGUGUCGUCUCGAUAAUCGCGAGCCGUCCAUGGUGAGUCGAAACCGCAACGUUGGGGCCGAAGGAUACCUGGAGGAUCGGAAACGAGCGAUGUGCACGGAGAUCCGUCCGGCUCACGUAAUCGCCAGACGCGCUGCAUCGCACAGCGUCGCCGGUACCUCUUCAGUAGUCUAAUAGCCGCGAGAUCCUUGUGGCAUCUAAAUAGAGGAGGGACAUCGGCGUCCGUGGAGGGAAUAAACGUCAACGAAGACGAAAGGGAGGCCGGUGCGGGCCACCGGGACACUCUUCAGCCCUUUCUGCCUCCAGAAUGUCGUACACCAAUCGAUUCCCGUCAUCUCAGCACACUCGUUAUCGCAGCAGCUGGGGACCCUCGUCGGUGACUGUGUUCAACCGCGUCGACAUACCGAAACCGUCGCCGGAAGAGGAAGAGUACGCCGACUUUUAUCACGAGCGUCUGCACUCCGCUCAGAGCAGACAGUUGCUGCCACUUCAGGAGGACUUGGCCGAUUGGAUCAAUAAAACGUUGAACGGCGAUUACGUGACGGGGGACAGUUUCUUUGAUUCCUUGGACAAUGGCGUGGUGGUGUGUCGUCUGGCAAGGGUCAUCCAGGAAAAGGCGAGGAUGGCGAUCGACGCUGGAAGAGCGAAAGGGCCGCUGCCGUUGAUAAGGGGACGAUGCUGGGAGAACGCCGCGAGACGCAGCUUCUUCUCCCGCGACAACAUGGAGAAUUUCAUUCAGUUUUGCCGUCGUCUGGGCGUCCAUGAGAACCUCCUGUUCGAGAGCGACGAUCUCGUUUUACACGGACAGCCACGGAACGUGGUGCUCUGUUUGUUGGAAGUGGCUCGAUUGGCUUCGAUAUAUUCCGUGGAGCCUCCGGGGCUCGUGCAGCUCGAGAGGGAGAUCGCCGCGGAGCAAGAAAGGGAUCUUCAUUGUUUGUCCGAUAGUGGUAUAUCUCAUAGCAGCCUCGUUUCUUGGCAGUUCCAAUCGCCGUCCCCGACCGCGACGCCCAGGCCUCCGUCCGAGAAAAUCAAACACAGCAGCUCGGCGUCGGAAGUCGCGUCGUCGGCGACUCGAUGGCUGGACCCAACGACCGGUACAACCCACGAGCCCGAAAUGCGAAGGUCGGUGAGCGAUAAUGGUCCAACGGGUAGCGACGGAGUGCCCAGUGAUACCACGGAGGACGACUGGUCCCGUGGAAGCGCGGAGGAUCCCGACGAGGUUCCAUCGCCGUCGUGUUCACCUUUGCCCUCGCCAGCCGAGCCGCCGGAACACACGGGCCCCAUAACGGAACUCGAUCGCAAGGUGAGAAGAGCAACCGAGGCUGUUCAGAGACUCUGCCAAUGUCCCUCGGAGAAGUGCUCCAAGCUGAAGGUGCGCAAGGUUGGGGAAGGCCGUUACCACAUCGCGGGACGAAACGUCUUCAUCAGACUUUUGAAGGGGAGACACAUGAUGGUCAGGGUGGGCGGUGGUUGGGACACCUUGGAGCAUUUCUUGGCGAGGCAUGACCCCUGUCAGGUGAGGACCCUCAACCGCGAGAGCACGCCGCCUUCACCCCACGGCAACAAGCACACCAACUUUCUUCCCAUUCGCGCCAAGUAUCGCAGCCCUCCGCCGGAAUUCGUCUCGGCCCGCUAGCCUAAAAGCACAGUGCCUGUCACAAGUCCACGCUACUUCACGUUCAUGCUGCUGUUAGUCCGUCUCGUGCGAGUAGAGUACACGGCACCCACGACGCGUCGCCAGGGUGGCGUUACGGAUGCGAAACGCUGUUUGUUUGUGCGCAAAGGUGACUGAACCGCGACGAGUCGGGGGGGAACUACGCUGAUAGGAUAGACGGCGAUACACCCACACGAUGAACGACUGAAUUUUCGUGAAACGGAAUCGAACCCAAAACCUACACCUUUCCUUCUUUCCAACCACCGUCGGUGCGUUGAUGAUAUCGAGGGAUUUUUUUUGGGGUGGUUCUUUACAGGUCUCGUUCGAACAACGAUACCGCUGUUCGUUUUUGUAGUCGACUAUCAGCGAACGUCCCAAGGAUGCGUGGUUUGUAUUACGCCUAUGCUAUCUCACGAUUACAUCUUCUCUAUUCUCGUAAUCAUGUACACGUUGGUACCAAGUGCACCUAUUUCUUAGAUCGGUAAGAUAUACAGGGGGAUGGCACUAUUUUUUAUUACCUGUGAUGUAAUACGGUUGGGGAGCACUAACGUUUCACGUACAUACGUCCUUGCCAAGCGUGUUAAUAUGCCAUCUUCUUGCGCGAAGACUCGAUCGAGUGUCGCCGGUAUUCGAGUAUUCUUAUCAAUUACUAUUGACAAAAAUGUAUAAACAUUACAUUUAAUCGUUUACCUUUGUAUUCUAUCGUCGGGAUACGCGUCGCGUUUAUGCAGAACGCGUGCAAUAUACAGGGUGGGGCAGGUGGCUGGAACUGCUUCGGUGACUCCCGAAGUUUACUUUACGAAGACUCUUUGUAAGUCACAUUUUCUUAACGAUCGGACGGAGAUGAUCAUCUGUCGUUUUACUAUUGACACUUAAGUAACAAUAUGUUCGUAUCACUUAACACAGAGUUCGCUUCACCGUUUAAAACAAUUGAUUUUCAUUUACGAAACCUGUGGAUGAUCAGAAAAUUUUUUUAAACUAUAAACAAAGAUUAUUAUACAAUUCUCGAAGCAAUUCCAAGUUACUUGUCCCGUGUAUAAAUGCAAUAUAUAUGCAUAUUUAUUUGUACUUCAUUUAAUUCCUUAAUCGAUAUUAAUAACAAAAGUACAAGACUAUGUUCCGUACAAUAUUCACUCGCUUCGUCGCCCAAACGUUUAAUCCUUUGGAUGCUACGGGCGCUUAAAAAUUCUCGAUCAAAGUAUUCCGUGCUUUGAACGCCCAUCGGCGUUCUAGGAAUUCGGCUUACGCAUAAGACUACGGGUCAUCCGCACACGUUGCACGCCAAGCGUUCAAAUCCUAUAUAGCAUCGAAAGGGUUAGGUGUCAUGCAUUCCACAGAUGACAGGCAUAUUAACGCUUGAUUUGGAAAUUGUCUAACAGAAAUAGGUAGGAGGGCAAUGCACCUGGUAGAGGUAGCUUUACAACCGCAAUGACCAAAGUUCGUAAGUGGUAUGUUGAAACGAUGCCAGUUACAGGUUAUCGGAAUGCCGUUUACAUUGAAGAUAACCAUCCGUGGUAUAUUCUCUGCUCCCAUUGUAACAUUCGUACUAUAGUCGGAACAAAAUCAACUGGCCAUCAAGGGCCACGAUUUCGAUCUGUACUCCACCGCUACCCCCCCACUCUGUAUUAGAAUCUGCGAUCUUUACACAAAUGUAAGAUUGAUUAAAAAAUAGUUUUACACUUCGAGCACAUACAUUUGUGAAAAUGAUCGUUUAUUUCUUAAUCAUUCCGAACGCUAUAGGCGGUAAAGAGCGACAAAGAUUCGCGAGAGGCUCCACGCGCAAAUAGCACCGCUUCAUGCCGGAGAUUGGGAAAAUUCUUACUCGAAUAACAAAUAAAAAUUAGAAUUUGAACAGUAGAAUUAAUAUUUCGCGACGAGCAAAUCAAAGUUUCAUUGUUUGAUCGAAUGUAUUGCUAUAAAUUGGUUUUAUUUGUUAUCUAUUGUUCGAAUAAAAUUUGAACGAUCUCUGCUUCGCGUCAUUGCAGCUUGCUUCUCAGUUUGAAACACAGAGGGCGAGCCACUGCAGUUUGGCGCGGAAAGAUCGUGGUUAGUGUGGUAUGGGACACCAUAGCGGUAUGAUGUUUAUGGCUCCAGUCGGUGGUUAUUAGCGGCUGAUUGAUUUCGUUCCGAUGGCAAACUAUUUCAGCUCCAAAGUCGAUCCACGCAUGUGAUUAGAAGGAAGUGCAAUUAAGGGCUCAGGUAAUGUCUGCCUAAGUUUAGAGCUUGUCCUCUUAAUGCUACAGGAAAUUGUACAUUUCGAACGAACGAUUCCGUCUGGUAGAAAUGCAAUUUAAGGGAUAAGGUAAUUCUGUCCGGAUUCCAGGUUGUUAGAUACAAUCUAUUUUGCGCGAAACUCGAAUAUUCGAUAUUAUUUGUACUUGGUCAUUGCUAUUACCUGCAAAGGCGAAUCUCGUAGUGCACUUAAAUAUCUCUCGCGAUAAGCAGUAUAAGACACAUAGGUUUGUAAGUAACAACAGGGUCGGUUACAGUAUUCGGAAUUUCAUCGUAUAUAUAAUUAAUCAAUAAUUGGUCAAAUAUCGUUAUACGAUAUAUCAAGCAAUUGACACGAAUGAUAGUUUCUGAUUUAGAAGAUUUGGUAGAAGUACGCCUCGAAAUUCAAAGGAUAUUUUUGAAACAAUUUUUUCAUUCCAUAUAUCGUCGUCAUAUCGACCGACCCUGAAGCAAUUAUUACACUUUGGCACAUAAUCGAUAACAUAAUUAAAUCGGCUAUCUUGCAAAAUGCUUCAUGAUAACUGCCAUAAUAUAUGUUUUGUACUUUUAUAAUAAAUACGUAGGAUAAGAAAUACGAAGGACGAUAUUGUCGAAAUUACAACGCGAUGUGUUUGUUGGGUUCACAGAAAUGCAAGGGCACAGGAAUGUGCAAAGGAAUACCAAAGCAAAGAAAUGCGCGACGUGUAAUGUCGGCACGUUGAGGCUAUUGUCGUUCGAGGAUUAUUUUUUUUUUGUUAGACUUUUUCCCCCCUAAAUUGACUGUAUCAUAGCCUUCUAUUUCGUAUUGUUUGACGCGUAGUACGCAAUCUAUUCUUUCGUUACACAUUUCGUUCGUAAUUUGGCAUAGAGACUGUAUUUAUUUGUAAAUGAUGAAUUGCGACGUAACGGCGAACACGAUAAAUUCACUUCGCUACUACUAUUUGUAAUAUCAUCUUUGCUACGCGCGAAUGAAACAAUUCCGCCAUAUUAUAUUAUUGUAAACGUAUUACUCGAUAAGUCUGUCGAUAUAGUUUGAUUAAGUUAUUUUGUACCUGCUUUCUUCCACGCAGAGUAUUGAAAAUAUUUGCCUCACAAAACGAAAGUUAAUUUUUACGAAUUUCGUAAAGCAUUUAGAAGUUGCUAUCGUGUAUCACUGUCCUUGAAACAAUAGUUUAUGUAAUGCUGCAACUUUUGUUAAAAAACUAAAAUAUUAAACCUACGAAAGUUUAUCGAUAUUUCAUCAUACGAUA